UAUCUGUCUGAACAGACUGGAGUCAGACGUGCAAUGCUACCGUAAAUACUGAGACGUUCACUUGCAACACAGACCUGGUAGUUCUGAAGGUAGGACCCCUUCCUCCACCACCAGCCUCUGCCCUUCCCUAUAGGAUCCAGCAGGCAGCCUUGCUACGUGCAGGAAUAAAGAAUAAAUUCUUCAGCCAUUGAACAAGCAUUAACAGAAAACUGCACGAGUUCAGACUGAUACCCAACUGAUUCUCUUUUCCAAAAUGAUUUUGCUUCGUAGCCUCACUUCAAUUCAUUAAUUGUGAGGCACCUCCUGGACUAGGGGCCCAUGUAACUGACUGUAGCUGGAGGACAGCAAUUCUGUAACUGCUGAGAAGUUUCUCCUGGUUUCAUAAGGGUCACGCUCACUGACUCACUCACCCAGGGCUUGUGUGGUCGUCUGGACAUCAAGGAGAUGGAGGAUUCCUCGAUGUGCCCCGGCUCCGUGAAGUCACUGCCGCUGCUUGGCUUCACCAUUUUCCUCAUUUCUCUUCACCUUCCCCGGCUGGACUCAGUGAGUUUCAAGGUGAUUGGACCCGAUCGCCCCAUCAGGGCCCUUGUGGGAGAAGAUGCUCUGUUAGCCUGUCACCUCUCCCCCAGGAUGAGCGCUGAGAGCAUGGAGGUGCGCUGGUUCCGAUCCACGUUCUCUGCAAUUGUCCAUCUCUAUCGGGAUGGGAGAGAUCAGGUUGGCCAGCAGAUCGCACCGUAUCGAAGCAGGACUAAGCUACUGAAGGACAGUAUUGCUAAUGGGACUGUCUCCUUGAGGAUACACAACAUCACCCUCUCUGAUGAAGGGACUUACGGCUGCCUCUUCCAAUCACCCACCUUUCAUGAAGAAGCUGUCUUGGAACUAGAGGUGGCUGGUCUGGGCUCCACCCCUCACCUUUCUGUCGAUGGCUAUCAGCAUGGAGGGAUCCACGUGGUGUGUGAAUCGGCUGGAUGGUAUCCGGAGCCCCAAGUGCUGUGGAGAGACCUCAGUGGGCAGCGACUAGCACCAGUGAUGGAGAAAAUAUCCCAGCGGGCUGACGGGCUGUUUGAUACUCACAGUGCUGCUGUUAUAACAGACGCUUCGAACCAGAACCUGUCCUGCUCUGUCCUCAACCCCCGUCUCGGCCAAGAGAAAACAGUGAAGAUGCACAUAGCAGAUGUGUUCCUCCCAAGGACCAAUCCCUACCAGGUGGCUCUGUUUGUGACCCUGGCUGGUGUGUUUCUUCUCAUCCUCUUGGCCAGUUACUGCUUCUGGAAGCAGCACAGAGGAAAAGAUGCUCAGCAAGCUGAACUGAAGAAAAAGAUACAGAAAUCCCUGCCUGAACUUGGCUGGAGUAAAGUCAGCAAAAAUUCAGCGAUGGUGAUUCUGGAUCCGGACACGGCUCACCCCUGCCUCCUGGUCUCUGAGAAUCAGCGAUCUGUGAAAUGGAGGGAUCUGUGGCAGGAUGUGCCUGACAACCCUGGGAGAUUUGACUGUGAAACCUGCGUGCUGGGAUUGGAAGGGUUCACCUCGGGGCAACACUACUGGGAGGUAGCCUUUGAAGGUGGUAGGACCUGGGCUGUGGGGGUGGCCAGAGAGUCUGUCAGGAGGAAAGGCUGGAUCAACUUUUCUCCUGAGGAGAUGAUCUGGGCCAUGGAUCAGUGUGGGGGCCAUUUCCGGGCUUGCACUUCCCCGGAUAUCCUCCUGCCCCUGACUGUGAGCCCCGGGAGGAUCGGGGUGUAUCUAGACUAUGAGCAGGGCCGGGUGUCAUUUUAUCAACCUGGUAUGGAGGCCCCAAUCUACAUUUUCACAACCUCUUUCACUGGGAAGCUCCACCCUUUCUUCUGGGUGUACUCCCCAAUCACGCUGUGUCCCUGAGAUAUGGCAUGGGGGGAGAUAGCACCUCUCAUUGGGGCCCAGCCCUGCCCAUGUGAGUCUGGCUGUUCAUUGCACUGAGCUCACACAGAGGUGGCUUGAAGCCACUUUGCUUUUCAUUGUUAAAGUGGCUAGUAACUCCUGAGGAUGUGGCUGCUUCCGGCUGAAGGCAUGUGCAACAUGCCAGCAGCACACUAAAGAUGUGCAGUGUAUGGAUACCAAAUGCAUCAUUCCUUCUUUUCUUUGUAUAUGCACAGCUCUAAUGCAAUUGGUCUGGCAGUAAGGAUUGCUCAUUGGAUGAGUAUUUAUGCUAAUCAGUACAUGAACACUAGAACUGGCUGGAAAAUACAUUUUAACAUUAAAUAAAAAUAUCAAAGAGG